CAAGCGACUGGAGUCGGGAAGAAAAAAGGGUUGUCUUGUGAUGGUGGGGCGGGUCAACAGUAUUGGGUCUACACAGCUAGCCGUCGCCUAUUCAAUGUAUUACUGAAAAGUGAGAGGGAUAAAAGUGGAGGGGUUGAAACAAAAAUAUGGCGAAUGUCGAAGGAGAUGAAAUUCGUCCGGCGUCCCCGUCGCUGGUUGCACCGUCGUCUCGAAACGGAUCCGGUAUUGGUUCAGCUGCAGUCAGUCCUGAAGGCCAAACGGCGACCACGAUUACGUCGGGUCCACGGAUGGUACGAAUUGUCAAGUCGGAUUCGGGCUAUGGAUUCAACGUUCGGGGACAAGUUAGUGAAGGAGGGCAACUACGGAGCAUUAACGGGGAAUUGUAUGCCCCUCUUCAACACGUCAGUGCUGUUUUACCGGGAGGGGCAGCAGACAGAGCUGGCAUCGUCAAGGGAGACCGGAUUCUGGAAGUGAACGGCGUCAGCGUGGAGGGGGCCACGCACAAGCAGGUGGUGGACCUGAUCCGGGCCGGGGAGCGGGAGCUGGUGCUGGCCGUGCUGUCGGUCCCGCCCCUGGAGGCGGACGGGCUGGACCAGGGGGAUGAGGGCGGCGGCCAGCCCUGCUACGACUACAGCGACAAGCAGGCCGUGCCCAUCUCCGUGCCGACGUACAAGCACGUGGAGCAGAACGGCGAGAAGUUCGUGGUGUACAACGUGUACAUGGCCGGACGGCAGCUGUGCUCGAAGCGCUACCGGGAGUUCGCCAUCCUCAACCAGAACCUGAAGAGGGAGUUCGGCAGCUUCAGCUUCCCCAAAAUCCCCGGGAAGUGGCCCUUCUCCCUGUCCGAGCAGCAGCUGGACGCCCGUAGGAGGGGUCUGGAGGAGUACCUGGAGAAAGUGUGCUCAGUACGGGUGAUUGGGGAGAGUGACAUCAUGCAGGAGUUCUUGUCUGAAUCGGAUGAAAACUUCAAUGGCGUGUCGGACGUGGAGCUGCGCGUGGCUUUGCCAGACAAGACCACCGUGUCUGUGAGGCUGCGCAAGAACAGCACCACUGACCAGGUGUACCAGGCAGUAGUAAUGAAGGUGGGGAUGGACAGCAUCACGGCCAGUUACUUCGCCCUCUUUGAGGUCAUCAACCACUCCUUCAUGCGCAAGCUGGCCCCCAACGAGUUCCCGCACAAGCUGUACGUGCAGAACUACACCUCGGCCGGCCCGGGCACCUGCCUCACACUGCGCAAGUGGCUCUUCACCAUCGAGGAGGAGGUCCUGCUCAGCGACAACGAGCUGGCCAUACACUACUGCUUCCACCAGGCCCAGGAUGACGUGAAGAGGGGAUCUAUCAAAGCGGACGACAAGUCUUACCAGCUGCAGAAGCUGGCCGAGCAGAGCAAGACGAUCAUGUACCUGAGCAUGCUGCGCUCGUGCGAGGGCUACAACGAGAUCAUCUUCCCGCACUGCUCGUGCGACUCGCGCCGCAAGGGCCACGUGGUCGCCGCCAUCAGCAUCCGCCACUUCAAACUGCACGCCUGCACCGAGGAAGGCACCAUGGAGAACCAGGUGAUCGUGUUCGAGUGGGGCGAGAUGCAGCGCUGGGACACGGACGAGGAGGGCAUGGCCUUCUGCUUCGAGUACGCACGGGGCGAGAAGAAGCCGCGCUGGGUCAAGAUCUUCACUCCAUACUUCAAUUACAUGCAGGAGUGUUUCGAGAGGGUCUUCUGCGAGCUCAAGUGGAGGAAAGAGGUGGAAGAGGAGGCUACAGACAAGGACAACAAGAACUGCGGUAAAGAUGAGUACCUUCCGUCCGUCGAGCCGCAGAAGGGAUGGCGACACGUGGGGAGCGAGAUCGCCACCUAGGCGCGGAACGCCGACCCGACGCAACGUAAACGCAAACGCAACGUAAACGCAACGCAGCCGCAACGCAACAGUCACCAUCCACAAACCGCCAGCCCCCGGAGGAGAACGCAGAAGCGGGAGAGAGAGAGAGAGAGAGAGAGAGAAAGAGAGAAAGAAAAUAAACGAUCCGGGAUCGCGAAACCCCAAGAAACCCCUCGCUUGCGUGCGGAGGAACCGGAAACCGCGAGGGACGUACGCAUCAUCACAAGUUUUUUUUUUUUUAAAACAAAUUAAUAUUCAUUAGAACCAUAAUGUCACUUCGCUUCGAGGGGCUGGACUCAACGUUGUGAUGUUUUUUUUUUUUUUUUUUUUGUGUGCAUUGUGAUUGGUCGAGGAAACGAAGCAUCCCACGAUACCGUUUGGUCAGUAAAUAGAAUUUAGACGGUGGUUUAGAGGAGACGGACAUCUGCAGUGUGAUUGGUCGAGGGGGAAACCCGGCCUCUGACGCGAUUGGUCCAGACCGUUGUGAAUAUGUACCUCUUAAACUUUGGGACCUGUAUGGCGUAGGGAAGUAGCGAAGGUAAAGGAGAAGGGAGAGAGAAGAAGAAGCGGAAGAAAGAAAUAAGAGAAGAAAUCCCGUAUUCCCAACGAAAAAGGACAGUAUGGAGGGGUGACAAUUCAGAAAUGAAGGCAGGGAGGGGGGGAUGGAGGGAGGGAGGGAGGGAGGCUGGAAACUACUUCUGAAAUUAUAAAGGAAAGAAGUAGAACUAAUAUUUGUUGAAUAAAAACUAACAGCGUUAAAAAAAAUAAAAAAAAACUAGUGCUGGUCGAAGCUGGUGAGCCAUUUCCACUACUCUGUUUGCAAUGGAUGCGCUUUCGCUGAACUAACACGCAGGGAAAAUGUAGUUCCUCACCGACCAACAUUUUUACUUUUGGUAAAACACAUUCCCUCUAAGUAUUUAUGGAGGCAAUUUAGCUAAAUUAUGUUGCUGUAAAAAAAAAAAACAAAAAGAGAUAAGUGACAGUGUAAAUUAUGCUGGGUAGGGUGGCCUGUGGGAAGAAAAAAAAAAAACAGGUGAACGGGCCGUUGAGAGGGAGAAGGAGAAGUGUUUUUUGCCGUUUAACAUAAUAUCAGAGAAGAAGAGUUACGGAAGGGAUAACAUGAGAGGCGCUCCUGGAGCUGUAGUACCUACGGUAGCCACCAGGGGGCGAGCUGCGCUUGGUCAAUGCGUUGAGCUUUGAAAGGGAAGUCUUUCCCGCCUGAAUCCCUGAGGUUCCUCCUCCUGGUGUGUGUGUCUCGCGAACAGUGUUCUGUGUUCAGUGUGUCUGCCUACACGGGAGGUUUGUGUGUGUGUGUGUGUGUGUGUGUGAGCGCUUUCUGAUUCAGCAUUCGGUGUCAGGACUCUCGUGUGUCGUUUGUAUUUUUAGUGAUUAAUUACAGAAGGAAGCUGCAGCCAGCUUGUGUAGAGCUCCGUUGGGGUUCCCCCGGACAGACUUGUCGGGGCAGUGGACGGGAAUCGAUCGUUUCGGGGGGGUGUCCUGUCCCUGGCGGCAAUCCAACGGGCGGACAGCCGAGGAGAAGGGAGGGAAGGAGGGAGGGAAGACGUAUGGAGGAGGAGUGGCUGCCAAUACUGAGAGACAGACAGAGAGAUAGAGAGAGGGAUUGAGGGCUUGUUCCGAUCGCUUGUUUUCACUCUUCGCGUCCUUUCCUCGUUGCUUAGCGCCACCUGACGGAGGACGCAGGGAAAGGAAACGAGGACGGAGGAAUCGAGGAAACGCGUGUCAGGCACACGGAACAUCUUUAUUCAGCCGAGCGCCAGUCUGAAGCCACGUCUGUUGCAGACGCGGCAGGUGGGGAGAGGUGGAUCCACAGGUGGAUCGUUUGUACGCCACGCGUUCAGGGGAGACCUCUGCACAGGACGCGCUUGUGCAUCCUCGCCGAAGCAUCCUUGGGGGACUCCUCCAAGGAACAUCUUUAAAGAUGGCGGCCCUCGAUCGAUUUCAGGGUCACGCGAGGACCGAGGAGAUGAGGACGGAUAAAAGGAGUGAUUGGAAUGAGACAGAGAGAGAGGGUGAGCGAAUCAGAGAGAGAGAGAGAGAGAGAGUGGGUCAGAGAGAGAGAGAGAGGGUGAGAGGGUCAGAGAGAGAGAGAGGGUGAGCAUGAGCGAGAGAGUGAGAGGGUGAGCAAGUCAGAGAGAGAGAGACAGAUGGUCUGAUCUGUUUCAUGGAGAUAUCCCCAUCGGUAGGCCCAAAUCCACGCCGUUUCUACGCCCCCCCUGGUGCUUUUAACAGCCCCCGCCCUCAUGGUCCCGCUGUGGGGCUGGUGAAUGUGGCUAACGGGCCCCCCCCCCUCCAGGCCCUCGGGCCCCCAGGACCAGGAGGCUUCCGCAGGGCUGCUUUAGACGUUAGCGUUAGCGCCUGGUCCUGCGGCCGCGGGAAGCGAAGCUGCAUUGAACCGUUCCGCUGCUCGUACGGUCCAGGGCUGCCAGUCUGGGCCCCGGGGAGCAGCUGUGGAGUCCAGCAGAUCUCACUGCCUCCUGAGGUAACCUGGCAACAGAAACAACAAAAAGAAGUUGACACCCCCCCCCCCCCCCAAAACUCCAGCAGUGAUCUCAUCAAGAUGAUCCCUUGAUUAGUAUUCAUUUUGUAACACUCAUUUGUGUCCCGAGGUAGAUUGGCGGCCUGUCCAGGGUGUAUCCCUGCCUCUCGCCCAACGCACCCUGCCCAGGGUAAGCGGGUAUAGGUAACGGUUGGAUGAAUACUCAUUUGCAUACACGGCCCCGCCCUCUCCCUGUGUGUGGGCGUCGUCUUUGUGCAUCCUCUCUGUCUCGGACUUCGUUCGUUGUUCCCAGUAAAUGCAUAUAACACAUGGACCCUGGGUCAGACUUUCUGUACCAACGUACACCCACACACACACCCACAUACAGACGCACACACACACACACCCACCCACACACACACACGCACACACACACAUACAGACACACACACACACACCCACAUACAGACACACACACGCACACCCACCCAUCCCCACACACACACACAUACGCACACGCACACGCACACCCACCCAUCCCCACACACACACACAUACGCACACACACACGCACACCCACCCAUCCCCACCCACAUACACACACACGCACACACACACACACACACUCUCCGGACUCCCAGCGUGGGACGCGGCGGCUCGGCGGACGGUCGUCAUGGCGACGGGAGGAAACAGAGCCGCGCGCUUCCUCCGCCUCUGCGCGCGUCCCUCGGAAACGGCGGGGGCGCGUCGGGACACGUCUCGGCCGAGCCAGGGCUCGGGCUCGCCCCCCCCCCCCCCGCCCCCCCCCCCCCCCCCCGAGCCAAACGCUGUGAUGGCCAUCAGCCGGCCAAGCCAGGGCUGCAGAUUUUCUAACAGUGGUGCGGCCCCCCCCCCCUUCCCGAAACGCUGUGAUACGGACUCCGCGGAGUCCGGGCGUCCUCUCGAACCCUGCGGAGUGUCCGGCCGGCCGAGCGACCUUCGCUCUCGAUCACGUUCGCGGGGGAGCGGUUCGGUCGUAAACGCAGUCUUACGAACGUCGUGCGCUCGGGGUGAAUGAUUUCUGAAUACGCGACUCACUAAAGAGGGCUUUCCUCUUACUAGUCAGUGCUUGGAGUGUGUGUGUGUGUGUGUGUGUGUACAGUAUCUGUGUUCAGCUGUAGAGACUUUUAAGGCUGAGAAUUAUUAUGUUACAUGGAGUGAAUCCAUUCUUUUUCUCUCGAAACGAAAUGGUUUGUUUUAAUUUAUGCCGGCGAAAUUGUAAAGGCGACAUAAAACUUAAUCGUGUAGAGUUUCCCUUUUUUUUGUUGUUGUUUUUUUCUUGGCGAGGGGGGGCGAGGGGGGUUCCUGAUGAACGUAAACAGCGCGGCGAGAUCUAACAGAAACACGAGGCACGUUCCAUUCUCUCAUUCGAGUCACGCCCAACUAACAAGCCUGUUUUUUUUUGAACGAGAAGAGAAAUCUCGCAGGGAUUCUGCAAAAAGCUAACUCACCGCUAGAAGAAAAAAAAAUGUUUGAUAAUGUCACUUAGUGUAAUAAAUUGUAACAUAUUAUUUUAAAUAAAUUGAUUUAUUGAUGAAAAUGA